CUCUCUCUCUCUCUCUCUCUCUCUCUCUCUCUCUCUACAUUCGACCAAAACCAGGAAAAGACCCUGUCGAGUUCCUUCAGACCCAAGACUUGGAGCUCUGUCUUCUGAGAGCUCCCAAUGGAGAUCCACUUUCAGAUGCAGCAGCAACAUAGAGGAGACACCAACAACAACAUUCCUGUGGCCAAACUGGGCAGCAAGUUGAAGCCCCGAAGCAGAGGCCACGGCAGCAUCAGCAACAAGUACGUCGGGGUGCGGCAGAGGCCCUCGGGGAGGUGGGUCGCCGAGAUCAAGGACACCACCCAGAAGAUCAGAAUGUGGCUCGGCACCUACGAGACCGCGGAAGAGGCCGCCAGGGCCUACGACCAGGCCGCUUGCCUCCUCCGCGGGUCCAACACCCGCACCAACUUCGCGACCCAUGUGUCCUCCGACUCUCCCCUGGCUUCUCGCAUCCGGAACCUCCUCAACAACAAGAAGGGAGGCACGAAUCAACCGAGUUUCGAUGCUUCUCUUUCUACAACGAUGAGUACUGCUACUAAUGGUACAACGACGACGGCUAUUACUGCGACUAGUACUACUUACUCGUAUAGUAGCACGAGCUGUAGUAGCAAUAGCUGCACGGAUAGUGGCAGUACUCUAUCUGCGGAUGACAAGAUCAACUCGGAAGCCAUCAAGGUUUUCAGUGAGGAUGUAUAUAAGCCGGAUUUAAGCCGCUGCAGGGACGAGUUCGAGUUGAGUUCUUCAAAAUACAGUUUAUCCUGGGCUCCCGAGCAUGGUGGGUUCAAUAGGUUCUCGUACGCGCAGGAGGUCAUGGAAUUGCCGAAGAGCGAUAAGGCUGGUCCGGCCAAUGCGUCGGACAAAAUGGGGGAGUUAUCAGAGUUCGACAGGAUGAAAGUGGAGCGACAGAUUUCCGCAUCGCUGUACGCCAUGAAUGGGUUGCAGGAGUACAUGGAGACUGUCCAUGAUCCAUCCGAGGCUCUGUGGGAUCUCCCUCCCCUGUGUUCAUUGUUAUACUGACCUUGCCUUUUUCAUGGCUCUCGAAAAGUUUAUAGAACCACCUUCUUUGUGCUAGUUGCUUUUUGAUUCUUUGAAAGAAAUUUUCAUGUGCUCAAUCUAAAAACAUUUGAACACUGUAAUCGGGGACGGAGUUUCUGUUCAGAAUCAACAAGCUUUACGA